AUUCUCCUCUCUGCGGCAUUGCUGAUUGUCCACCGGGGGAGAGAUGGAGAUAAAAGCUGUUUGUGUCCUGAAAGAUCAGCAUGAUAUAUAUCCUUAUGUCCAUGAUUUACCCGACCCUGUCAGCGGCGUCAGUGGAGUCGUCGUUUUUGAAUCUCGGGCAAAUGGACAAGUGUUAAUAAAAGGAACUUUUACGGGAUUGCCUCGUGGAAAACAUGGGCUUCAUGUGUGUACUUUUGGAAAUCUUUUUAAUGCGAUUAGAUUCCCUACAGUGUGGAAACAGGCCGUUCGGCCCAACAAGUCCACACCGCCCCUUGAAGCAUCCCACCCAGACCCUUCCCCCUAUAAUCCAGACACAUCCCUGAACACUACAGGCAAUUUAGCGUGGCCAAUCCACCUAACCUGCACAUCUUUGGACUGUGGAAGGAAACCAGAGCACCCGGAGGAAACCCACGCAGACAUGGGCAGAAUGCGCAAACUCCACACAGACAGUUGCCUGGGGCGGGAAUCGACUCCAGGUCCCUGGUGCUGUGAGGCUGCAGUGCUAACCACUGAGUCACCGUGCCACCCCUAAAUAGCUAGAUUUUAAACCUCCUUGGGGUAAUCUUUUGAAAAUUGAUAUAACACUAAAAUAUCAGUUCAGCUUGUUGUGUUUGCUCUCGUCUGGUGCAAUCUGCACAUAGUUAUUAGUAACUGUUACUAUUGUUAACAAAUAACAUGAAAACGUUGUGUCAUUAGUAUGAGACAUUGGCUGGAGAGAGAUGCUUCAAUAAGAUGCUAAAUGUCUUUGAAUUUCAUUUCAUGAUGUUUAUUAAAAUGAAUAAUCAUGGAAUCAUGCAGUGUGUAGGUCACCCAUUUCAUCUGUGCCAGUUAUUUGCAAGAAUUAUCAUUUAGAACUCACUCUGUUGCUCAUUCUAACCCCACGUAUUUUGAUUUUUACGUGUAUAAUCCUCUUAAAGAGUUACUGUUGAAUCUGCUCAACUACUGUUUUAGGCUGUGUAUUGCAUGUCACACACCCCACCAAGGGAAUGGGGAGUUAACGUUCAUCGAAGGCUAUUUCCAGUUGAGGUUCCAAAGGCAAAGAAUAUUAUUUGGUGAUCUAUGUGUGGAGCUGUGCCUUUUAAAGUCAGGCUGCUGCAGAUUUCUGAUAAUCAUGGAAUAAAGACUGGUGAUGUCUGGACCUGACAGGAUCAGCUUUGCCAGUGUUUUUAAAACCAUCACUGCCCUGGAUCAUUUUGUCACUGAAUCAUUUUAGUCUAUAACAAGAGACAGUAGCUGAAGUGCACAGUUUCAUCAAGCAGAUAAUUUUAUUGUGUAAUUCAUAAGGGUAGUAUAAUGUGUGACUCAUUAACCUCUAUCACCCAAAAGAAGGAGACAAGGGUUUGUGCGGUGGUUCACUUUGCAUAUUUGCAGGACAUAACAGAUGCAUACAAGUUGCCAUUAGAGCAUUGGAACAUCAUAUAGCAACACAUGUAAAUAGAGAAGGAUGCUACACUAUUGAUGUAUGGCUAUGGCUAACUUCAAAAUACCAUAAUCAGGGUCUGUGAAAAGUAUCCUGAGAGCCACCAGAAUAAAUUUAUCUUGAGGCAGCACCCUAUGUUACAUUGCAGUACAGAGGCGUAACAUUGCAUGACAGAAUGGACUGCAUAUGGAAGAGAAAAGAAGUGGGCCUCAUCUGAUAAAGAUGCUCAAGGGAAAGGGUAGGUAGUAAUGGAAAGUAGUGGUCCAACUCCACUAGCAAGAACCAUGAGGAUCAACAUGUAACUCAGUGAUUUCACGAAACUGCAAGUCCAAUUGACCUGACAUCUUACACCAAAUCAUUCUAAUUAAAAGUCUUUAAUAAAUCUUAUACAAUUUUUUCAUCCUAUAUUUAAUAACGUUCAAAACUUUUUAUACAGCUCCUAUAUUCAUUACACUCCAGACUGAAAUGUGAUUUAAAGAUGAAAUUAAUAGCAAAGGUUGUUAGUUUCUCUCGCAAGUGAUCAACUUACACCAC